AUGAAUGCUGCUAAGCGUCUCGCCGUGAUGACUGUCCGACAGGUCGGCCAAUCCCCAGCCGGACAAGGCUUCAACCAGCCGAUGGCCGGAAAAGCGAACAAUAACAUGGUUUAUGGACUGUUGGCUGCUGCUGUGGCUGGAGGAGGAGCUUAUGCCUAUUUGAGGCCCGGAAGGGGAAAGCACACCGAUGCCAAGCUCCACAAGGAGAAGGAGGAAUCGAAGGAGCAUGGCCAGAAGGAGGGACUUGACGCGGCUCAAAAUGCCCAAAAGGACAAGGCUGGCCAGAAGGGCCAGAAUGCUGCCACACCCACCAAUCAGGGACCGAAUGCUCAGAAAGAAAAGACUGGCCAGAAUGUCAGCCGACAACAGCAGCAGAAUGCAAAUACACCCAACCAGGGAGCGGCUCCCCGAAUG